UAAAAAAAAAAUUAAUAAAACAAAAAAAAUAAUAUUAAAAAUGUCGCAAAUAAUACAAAUUAUAUUAAUAAUAAAUAAUUUUUUAUUAUUAAUUGUAUUUACAUCAGCAUAUCCACAGGGUCUUACAUAUCUCAACAAUAAUGGUGUAGUUACUACUUAUAGUUCAGUACCAUAUUAUUCCGCGGCUUCAGUUGCACAACCACAAUUGCAACAGCAACAACAGCAAGUGCAACUUCAACAACCUCAGCAGCAAUUGCAACAACAGCCACAGCAACAACAACAAGUCGUACAACCAUUUCAACAACAAGUUGUACAACAAGCACAAUCAGUUGUACCACAACAAGGAGGUUUAAAUAAUAAUAAUAUUGGUCAAUAUUAUAAAAGUUCAUGUUUAUUAGGUUAUUUAGCGUUGCUACUCAGUGAUAUAAUACGACAACCAACAUCAGGUUGUACGAAUGGCGGUUACAAUGUUCAAUGUACUCCACCAACAGUUGCUCCAACAGUACUUGAUGAUCCAACAUUGUCGGAUGAUGACACUACUAUACAACAGCAACCAUUAGUAGCGCCUGAUAGCGCUUCACAGCAGCAGCAACAACAGCAACAACAACAAAUAGUAACACCUGAUGGCUCAGCACAGCAACAGCAACAACAACAACAACAACAGCAAACAAUACUAUCACCACCCGUGUUAACACCUUCAGUACCAUCGACUUGUGACGAUUGUUCACCAUCUGUCCCAAUAACACCAAUUGCGACAACUCAAACGCCACCAAUUAUAAUUGCAACAACUCAACCGCCACCAACUCCCGUGAUUAUUACCACAGCUACUCCAGUAGUAAUAACAACUACUGAAUGUCCUACUACAAUAUUACCACCUGUUGUACAACCAACAACAGCAGUGCCUAUACCAGUUCCAACAACAGCAGUACCUAUACCAAUUCCAACAACAGCAGUACCUAUACCAAUUCCAACAACAACAGUACCGAUACCAGUUCCAACAACAGUACCUACAGUAGCAAAACCUCCUUCUACAUUUGUGAGAUGUGAUGGAGGAUAUGGAAUAUAUGUUCCCUAUACUUCCCCUUGGCAGGGUACAACGCCCAUUCAAAAUGGUUAUGGUAUACCUCCUACUCAAACUGGUACUGGUACAUUACCGGUUUCAAACGGUGGUACAGGUACAAUACCAGUUUCAACGAACACCGGUAACGGUGUCACAAACUCUGGUAACGGUGUUACAAAUGUUGGGAAUGGAGGGCUAAUUGGAAAUUCGCCCGGAGGAACAAUACCUGGAAGCAUUCCUGAUAGCGGAAACGUUUCUGGUAAUACUGGCUCCCAACAGCAACAACAACAACAACAACAACAACAAUUAACAACUAAUGGUUCUCCUACACAAACUGGUACAACACCAGUUACAACUGGUAGUGGUACAUAUCCUGGCCAAACUGGUAUAACACCAGUAACAACUGGUACAACAAAUUCUGGACAAAAUAAUCAAAAUGGUGUUGGAACUGGCGGUAGUUCUUCUGGAAAUGAUGGGGGGAGUGAUGCUUUAAUAAGCGUGCCAAUAGGUGCUGGUGUAGGUGUUCUUAAUCAAGAUGAAACAAAAGGUGUAGUAAAUUCGGGAAGCGGAGAUGGAAGUGGUAAUGACGCUUUAAUAGGCGUGCCAAUAGGUGCUGGUGUAGGUGUUCUUAAUGAAGGUCCUACAACAGGUGCAGUAAAUCCGGGAAAUGGUGGCGGUAGUGGAGGUAAUGUUGGUGGUAGUUCGGGAAGUGGUGGUAGUCCUUCUGGAAAUGAUGGGGGGAGUGAUGCUUUAAUAAGCGUGCCAAUAGGUGCUGGUGUAGGUGUUCUUAAUCAAGAUGAAACAAAAGGUGUAGUAAAUUCGGGAAGCGGAGAUGGAAGUGAUAAUGAUGCUUUAAUAGGCGUGCCAAUAGGUGCUGGUGUAGGUAUUCUUAAUCAAGAUGAAACAAAAGGUGUAGUAAAUUCGGGAAGCGGAGAUGGAAGUGAUAAUGAUGCUUUAAUAGGCGUGCCAAUAGGUGCUGGUGUAGGUGUUCUUAAUCAAGAUGAAACAAAAGGUGUAGUAAAUUCGGGAAGCGGAGAUGGAAGUGGUAAUGACGCUUUAAUAGGCGUGCCAAUAGGUGCUGGUGUAGGUGUUCUUAAUGAAGGUCCUACAACAGGUGCAGUAAAUCCGGGAAAUGGUGGCGGUAGUGGAGGUAAUGUUGGUGGUAGUCCGGGAAGUGGUGGUAGUCCUUCUGGAAAUGAUGGGGGAAUUAUACCUGGAAGCAUUCCUGAUAGCGGAAACGUUUCUGGUAAUACUGGCUCUCAACAGCAACAACAACAACAGCAACAACAACAACAACAACAACAACAACAACAAGAACAACAAAUAACAACUAGCACAGCUUCAGGAGGAAAUGAUGUAAAUGAUGGAAGUGGGGGUAACAAACUAAUCGAUAUACCAAUAGGUCUAGGUUUAAACAUACUUAGUAAAGGUAAUGCAAAUGCUGUAGCUAGCUCUGGAAGAAAUGGGGGUGGAAGUGGAGGCAAUGCUCUUUUAGGCUUACCCUUAGAUCUAGGAAUAAAUAUAUUAAGUAGUGGUGAUGCAAAUGCUGUUAAUGAUGAUUCAAUUGGAACAAUUCCAAAUGGGGCAAAUGGAGACCCUACUAGUACAAGUGUCACACAAGUGCAAAAACAACAACAAGUAACAACAGCUGAUGGCGCUACACAGAUACAACAACAAGAACAACAAGUAACGACAGCUGAUGGCACUACACAGAUACAACAACAAGAACAACAAGUAACGACAGCUGAUGGCACUACACAGAUACAACAACAAGAACAACAACAAAUAACAACUAGCACAGCUUCAAAGCCAAAUGACGCAAGUGGAAGCAACAGUAUUAUCGAUAUACCAAUAGCCUUUUCUAAUAAUAUACUUAGUCAUGGUGACACCACUGCAAUUUCCUCGUCUGCAGCGAAUCAAGGUAGUGGUGGUAACAGCAUAAUUAAUAUACCAAUAGCAUGUGCUACAAAUAUACUAGCUAAUGGUGAUACAACUGCCACAGCUGCCUCUGGUGGAAAUAUAGGAAGUGGCAGUAACAAUGCUGUUAAUGUACCAAUAGGAUGUGCUGCAAAUUAUAUUAGUACCGGAGAUACAACUGCAACAGCUACCACUUCUGGAAACAAUGGAACUGGUAGUAACAACCUUGUUAAUGCACCAAUAGCACAACCAUUUAUUUUACUUGGUAAAGGAAAUACAACUGGAACAGCUGCAACUGGUGGUAAUAAAGGAGAUGGUAGCAAUAACAUUAUUAAUGUACCAUUUGCAGAGCCAUUGAAUGUACUUGGUAACGGAAAUGCUAAUGGCACAGCUACGUCUGGUGGAAAUGACGGAGAUGGUAGUAAUAACAUUGUUAACUUUCCGUUUGGAGUUGCCAGAAAUAUAGCUGGUAACGGAAAUGUAACUGGAGUUGCUGCGACUGGUGAUAAUCAAGGAAGUGGUAGUAACAACAUUAUCAAUAAUCCAGCGGGAGGUACCGAUUUGAUACUUGCUAACGGAAAUCAAGUUGGAAUAGCUUCGUCUGGUGCAAAUAAUGGAAGUGGAAGCAACAAUUUUUAUAACGGACCAGUAGCAGUUCCCAUUGUUGCGCUAAGUAACGGUGAUAGUACUGCAAUAGCUUCGUCUGGUAGAAAUGAAGGAAGUGGAAGUAAUAAUCUUGUUAAUACACCAGUAGCACGUGCUAAUAAAAUACUUACCAACGGAAAUACAAUAGUAACAGCAUCAUCUGGUGAAAAUAAAGGAAGUGGUAGCAAUAACUUAGUAAAUCGGCCAAGAGCAAUUGCUAAUAGUUUCCUUAGUAACGAAAAUACAACUGCAAUAGCUUCAAGUGGUAGAAACAAAGGUAGUGGUAGUAACAACCUAUAUAAUCAGCCAGCUGCAAUAUCCCGAACCAUCUUGAGUACGGGAAGUACAAGCUCAAUAGCAUCCUCUGGCGAAAAUGUAGGAAGUGGGAGCAAUAACUUGGUAAAUCGGCCAAGAGCAAAUUCUAAUAGUUUCCUUAGUACCGGAAAUACAGCUGCAAUAUCUUCAUCUGGUAAAAAUCAAGGAAGUGGUAGUAAUAUCCUAUUUAAUACGCCAAGAGGAAAUGCUGAAAGUAUACUUAGUAGUGGAAAUAUAACAGGAAUAGCUUCCUCUGGUGAAAAUCGAGGGACUGGUAGUAACAGCCUUUUUAAUGGGCCUAGGGGAACUGCCAGAAGUGUACUGAGUACAGGAAAUACAAGUGCAAUAGCUUCAUCCGGUAAAAAUGUAGGAAGUGGUUCCAAUACCAUAAUUAAUAGACCAUUAGGAGCUGCACAAAGUUUUCUAAGUACCGGAGACACAAAUGCGUCAGCUUUGUCAGGUGGACAUGUAGGUAGUGGUAGUAAUAAAAUCAUUACUGGGCCAGGAGGAUUCGGUUUCAAUGUAGUCAGUAAUGGAAAUACAGAUGGGGUUGCAUCAUCUAGUGGUAGAAAUGUUGGAAUUCCUACCGGGUUUGGUACCGAAAGCAAUCUGGCUACACAAACACAGCCACAACAGCAGCAGCAGCAACAACAACAACUAAAACAACAACAACAACAACAGCAGCAGCAGCAACAACCACAACAACAACAACAACAACAACAAAAAUAGCAAUAAAAUUUACAGGACAAACUAAAAACAACUUUUAUUGAAACUUUUAUUGACAGUUGAUAUGGUGCUGUGGUACCAUAAAAAAAUAUCGUACUAUUUUAUUAUUCGAAAUGGUAGCACAGAUCUUUAAGAAAGAAAUGAGUCGAGCAUUAUACAGAAAAUUGGAAAGGGACUCAAUCUGGACACCCCUUACAUAAAUACCAAAAUACAUUUAGAGCCUAUUCCGAUCAUUGUCAUUGACGUUAACUUUCCAAAAAUAACGAUUGAACGAUUGUUCUUUUAGUUAUUUGUAUUUAUUUAUUCGCCAGGAUACAUAUGCAUAUACAUACAAAGAAAAAACUAAGUCUGCGCUUGCUCUUACAUGAUGAAAAAGCCUAUUAAAAAACUGUUUUUUUCUAUAAAAAUUAUUACAAUAGUCUCGAUAAUCGGAGACGUCUUCCCAAUAAUGGGUCCCGAUUAUUAAAGUCGCGUUGUAUACUACUGGACUUGUUUCUUUCUUUUCAGAUUUCAUUUAACGCAGUCGAGUUUUUGAUUUUUUUUUAAUUAUUUAUUUUAUUUUUAGAUUUUUAGUG